UAUUGUCCACUCCACAUAAACAAGUCGGUGGUUUCAGAACCCUUUGACGCUCCAGUAUUGGUUGUAUUUCGCAUCCCUUUGCUACCAUAUAUAGAAGGAGGAAGAACACAAUUAUACAAAGAAGCUUGCAUGGCUUUGGAAUGCAUCCUGUAGCCUGAUCAGAAAGAGACUUACUUUCAGAACUCUUAUAAGAGCUAGGAAAGAUUUUGCAUGCCUUUGCUAGCAUAAAAGGAGGAGGAAGAAGAAGAAGAAAAGAAGAAUCUUGCACAUGCAUCUUUGAAAUCGUCAGGACAUUCUGAGAUUUGCAAACUUCUCACAAGAUAUGACGAGAAUUACUGAUAUACAGCAUUCUAGUCACCCACACCAGCUUACAUGGAUGGGGGCGCAAGCACCUUAUCAUUGUAAUGGGUGUAAAGAGGAAGGGUUUGAGCCAUGCUACCAGUGUGAGGAAUGUGACUUUCAUCUUCACGAGCAAUGCGGUUUAGCCGCGCGCGGCUCAAUCUUACCGCACCCGUUCGAGAAAAGCAAAUUCAAGUUUUAUGGUCAGCAUACAGAGAAUGGGAUGAACUUUGGAUUUUGCGUUGCAUGUGGGCAGAACAUCCGAGGGUUUAUGUACGAAUCUUCGUGUAAGAAGCCAGUCCGCAUACAUCCUUGUUGUUUGAAGCUCCAACAAAUUAUUUCAGUUGAUGGGGUGACUCUGGAGCUCCGUGAAAAGAUCUCACGGCUAUCAAAGGCAUGCCUAAUAUGCCAAACUAGGAAAGUUUCAAAAGAGAUUAGGGGAUGGGCAUAUGUUUCCAAGUGUGGCAAUUUCUGUUGCCAUGUGGCAUGUUUCAAGGCCAUGACCCUCAAGAACUGGAAGGCGUCUUGUCUUUGCCCAGAAACUGAUGGAAGCAGCACCUUUGAAUUGAAACUAGGGCUUGGGGACGCUAAUGGAACGGGGCAUAGUGAGAAAUGGCUGGGGAAGAUGAAAUUUCUUCUUCAGAUCAUCAUUGGUGCAAUUUUAGGAGAAGGAAUUUCUGUUAUUGUUGAGUUGUUAUUCGCAUAGAAAGUGAGUAAUGUUAUACAUUACUCACUUUCCUAUUACUCCAUAGAAAGAAAUUAAAGAAGCUCCGAAGGAAUAUUUAUGCUUUAUUGUUAUAAGCAUUCUGUGACAAAUACUGCUUUAUUGAAUAAUGGAGUGCAUGGCAUAGUGAGAAAUGGGUGGCCGGGGAAGAUGAAAUUUCUUAUCUUCAGGUCAUAUAUAUUAUUGGUUCAA